AUGGCGCAGGCCGGUCAAAACUUCCUCUACGUCUGUCGAAGUUGUCGACGCAAUAUUUACAGUUCGAGCUGGACGCAGUCGACGCGGCCAUUCAGCACCACGCGCUCGAGACCUAAAGUAAUACCAGCUUUCAAUCCCACAUCCAAUCCCGAGUUCGACGACUUCCUCCUAACAUGGCGCCAAAAGGUCUUUAUGCCGGCGGCGCUGGAAAAUCACCACCGGGAUCUCAUUUACAAAGCCUCGCGGCAUUCGACUCUCAUCAACGAACCUGGGGUCACGGUAACAAUGGACGAUGAUGAAGAGAUCAAGCUGGAACCGAUGCAUUAUUUUGACAAGCCAAAUGUUCACAGCAGUAUCGUCAAAUUAGUAAAACUUCUUGAAGGAAAUCACAACGAUACAGAUUGGAACAACCUCCCUCCGUUCCUUCACGGUUUAGUCAUGGCAAAAAUCAAUCUUCCCUCUAGUUUCUACGAGAAAAUAACACGCAAAGCCUGUGAAGUGGGCAAAGAACGGAUCAUUCUACGCUGUGCAGAGAAACCUGCCGAAACGGGCGUCAAGCUGUCACGUAAGGGCGUGGCGAAGGAGUUGAUGCUAGGGUUCCACAAUCGCGUGGUUUCGGCAAAUUUCAAGGGCGGUGAACUUGAGGCAGCUUCGCGGCGAGCUGAGUAUGUUGCUCGGAUGCUCGAAGACGAAGUGCAUGGUGGCGGCAAACUGUCAAAGGGCGAGGUGGAUGCCAGGAAAGAUCUGGUUGUCCUGGCGGUGUUACUGGAGCUGGCUGCUGCAAGGGCAGUGCACACCUAUGCUGGCCAGGAUCAGGAAGGGAAAGUCGCCAACUACGCCACCAAGCUGCUUCACCUGGACAGCAAAGAUCGGUUUUCCCAGCUCGAGCAAUUGACAGAAAUAGAGCAGAACUUCGCUCUGGUGGAACUAUUGCCGAUCCAAAACUCGAUGGAAUGGGCACUGAAGAUUGAAUCUGUGAAGAAUGCGCAGUUGGGAAAUCAGUUGCAGGCUGAGCUGAGUAACUUGACAACGGUUGUGAAGAAGACGGUGGAAAGCCUGCGUGAAAAAGUGGGCGAUAAGCCGAGAAGAAGUUUGAUCAUGUAUGAUCAGUUGCAGGAGUGA